CGACUAAUCAUUUUUCUUUCAUUUUUUGAGUUAAACUAUAAAGCGUGUUGACAAAAACAUGCUUUCAACGUAGGUUUUAGUUGAUUCCAUUACUCUCUGUGUCUCUCUGAAAUUGGUGAAUUUUGUUUGAGAACGAAGGAGCAAGGGAGGCAAUGGAAGAGGAGGCUAAGCUACUGAUACUAUACGCUUCACAAACCGGGAAUGCUUUGGACGCAGCCGAACGUUUAGGUCGCGAAGCCGAGCGCAGAGGCUGCCCCGUCACAGUCCUUUCCAUGGACGACUUUGACCUCAGUUCCUUACCAAAUAAGAAGACUGUAGUUUUUGUUGUUUCCACCACUGGGCAGGGAGACGCACCAGAUUCCAUGAAGAUGUUUUGGAAGAAACUCUUGCAAAGAAAUCUGAACCAACAUUGGCUAGAAGGAGUUCACUAUGCUGUGUUUGGAUUGGGUGAUUCGGCUUACCAGAAAUAUAAUUUUGUUGCAAAGAAGCUUGAUAAAAGAAUUUCUGAUCUUGGAGCAACAACAAUAAUUGAAAGAGGUCUGGGAGAUGAUCAGCACCCUUCAGG